AUGGAAACAGCUUUAAUGAAAAAGACUUUGAGCAAACAUCAUAAAACUCUGCCAACUUCUGGAAAACCCAUUGCUAAUGUCCCUAGCAGAUUGUCUUCAAAACAGGCCCCAACAACCAUUGGGUCAGAGCUUCCUGCAUUUUCACCAGAUGUAGUGAGUUUAAAUUCUGUUGUUAAAACAAAUCCUGGAAGGAAGAGGCCCAAGACUGUGACAGUAUCAAAAAAGCUAAGUACUGGAAGCAUGUCUCAGGAUCAAUGGGAUCGACCAGUUAUUCCACCAAGAAGACCAGGCUUAAGGGUGUGCUAUAUCUGUGGCAAAGAGUUUGGUUCACAAUCUCUUCCUAUUCAUGAGCCAAAAUGCCUGGAGAAGUGGCAUAUUGAAAAUAGCCAACUACCGAAACAUCUCAGGAGAGCACCACCAGCUAAACCUCAGGCUCUUACUGGAAAGUCUUCUAGUAUAGCAGCUGAAAAUGAAGCAGCAGCUAAAAGUUUUCAAGCUCAGCUCCUGCCCUGUCAAAACUGUGGUCGCACUUUCCUCCCAGAUCGCCUCCUUGUACAUCAAAAGAGUUGUAAACUGAAGUCUAAACCAGCUUCUUCAAACUCCAAAUUGCUUACACCUGCAGGUUAUGGGGCAUCAUCAUCAGACAAGUAUCCCAUGAUAAGGCGACCUCCUACAGUUAUUUGUUAUAUUUGUGGUCGUGAGUAUGGAACCCAUUCCAUAGGCAUCCAUGAACCACAAUGUCUGAAAAAAUGGCAUAUUGAGAACAAUCAACUGCCAAAACAUUUGCGAAGAGCUGAACCUGUAAAGCCAGUUGUGUGUUCCAUAGGAGCCAAAGGUUACUAUGAUCUUGAUGCUUUAAAUGAGUCUGCAUGGCAAAGUGCCCAGAGCCAGCUAGUUCCAUGUGAUAUUUGUGGCCGUACCUUCCUGCCAGACAGACUGAUUGUCCACCAACGGUCCUGUAAACCAAAGACACCAAAAUAA